AUGCCGAACGAACGAAGAGGCAAGCCGAACCAAGGCCGCGAAGUGACCGUUUCGAAAACGCUGAGUUAUUUGCUACGACAUGCGGCAGACAGGGAAGGGCUUAGGAUGAAUGCGCAGGGGUACGCGAAUGUGGCGGACGUGCUAUCAUAUCGAAAGCUGAAAUCCCUCAAGGUUACUCUCCCCGAAAUCUUCAAUGUGGUUAGCACAUCGGAAAAGAAGCGAUUCGCACUCCUCCACAUCCCAUCGGCGCGCGCCGAACAGGAAAAGGCCGAAGCAACGACGGUCCCACCGGUAGGUUCAUCCUCAGAGCGUCCGGAGGGGCAGGAAAGCGAAGACUGCGCCAUCAUAGCAGCUUCAUCGACGAGCGAGGGACAAGAAAGCGCAACGGAGAAGGCUCUUUCAGCGGAUGAUACGGAUCCGUCGCAUUUUCUCAUCCGAGCUACGCAAGGUCACAGCAUCAAGAGCGUCGAGGCAGCGUCUUUCCUUGAACGGCUGUCGUUGGACUCGACCCUUCCCGAGACAGUGGUGCAUGGGACGUAUCAUUCUGCCUGGCCGUUGAUCCUUAACUCUGGGGGACUACGCUGCAUGGGGCGAAAUCACGUCCAUUUCGCAACGGGCCCUUCGCUGAAGUCAGUUCUAGCAAAGAUCGGGGAUGGCGACGGCCGUGAUAUGGAGCCAGCCGCGGAUGGAAACGUACAAGUUGAUAGCGGGCGUGUUAUUUCUGGGAUGCGUCAGGAUGCGCAGGUGCUGAUCUAUAUUGAUCUUCGGAGAGCGCUGGAGGCAGGAUGUCCGUUCUGGCGGAGUGAGAACGGCGUGAUUCUCAGCGAGGGCAUGCUGCCUGAAGGAGGCGAGGAAUCUAAUAAGGAUAAAAAGCACAAGGCUGUACCGCUCGUGCCACUGAAGUUUUUCGAUGUCGUGGUGGAAAGGAAACGAGGGCUAGGCGUGCUUUGGGAGCAUGGAAAGGAGGCGCAGAAGCUGCCUGAUGAGUUGACCAGUCAGCGGAAGGGAAAAGGGAAGGGUAAAGGAAAGGCUUAA